AUGGCAGACCAACCAUCACUGUGGAUAAAUUCAGAAGUCGCUAUGCUAGAUAUCGGCCUGCUACUAUAUUUGCUGCCGGGAAGAUCUAAAGAAAAUGACACCUACGAGGAAAAGAAGCAGAGCGCCUUGAGCGAGCUCUUCCUACAACAUGUUAUACCCGCUGAUCUUACGGCUAAUGGUAGCGAUAUGUGA